GAUCAAAUUUGUCGCAACCGGGACACCUUGAAAUCAUGAUAGGCAAGCAUCCGCCCGAGGUACUGGGGUGGGACUUCACGCAAUGAACGGCAGGGAAAGAAGUUGAUACCGGGUGGAAAAAUGUUUGCAUUCUAGUCCUAAGAGCACGUGUAUAAUCAUAAGAGGUAACGCGGACGUAUGCGUAGCGUCGAGGACGGAGGUAGUAGUGAAGCACCGUUCUUUGACUCGGGGUUGAUUUACCUCGGGGUUCCCUGUCCAAUCACCUUGCCUCCUUGGCUCCUCCGCGUCUCAUCCCAAGUCCACCGGGCUCCAGCAAUCCACCGGAGCCAUGAGGAUGCGCGCAAGCAUGCAGCCUACCUGGACAUGUACGCGAGGUUGAGUUCAUUCUUAUGUAGAACUUGGCAACUUCUUGCCCCACCUCACGAUGGGCGUCGCAGCAACUCUGGGCUUCAACCCAGCAGGGUCCCUGCACUCACCUCCGUCGAGCCCUGCAUCCUCAGGACCCCCUCUCAACAACAGUGACUCGGCUCUCCCAACUCCGAUGCCAGACCUCCCCGCGUGCCAGCCCAGCAAGCCAAAACCAUGCUCGAGAAACACGUAGGGGGUCACGAAGUACGGCUCCGAGCUGGUCCCGGCACAAUCCGCGCCCGCCCAAAAUGCA